AUGGAGAUCAAUUUGGGGAAAGAAUCGAUCAAGAAUGAUAUCGAGAAAGUUCGACUGCAACCAUUAGAUAUUGAUUGGUUUAUAAGAUCAGGGAAAAUAGAUAAAAAUUACGAGGCUACUUUAAAAAAUAAACAAGCUGAUCCUAAGUCAGAUGAAAAAGAUAAAGCUACUGAACCAAUACGGACAAAUGAUCAUCAAAUAAAUAAAAAUUCAAGUGAUAAGGACAAAUCAAAUAGAAGACAAUCUAUGAAUGCACAUGAGGAGAAUUUAAAUAUACAUAAGAUAAAGAGUUUGAAUGCAGAUAAUGUAGAGCAGCAUAAAAAUACAGUCGUGCCUGAUGAAUGCUUGCCAAUCAGAAGGACUAGAUCAUUACCAUCAAAUAAAGAGCAAGAUGAUGCUAAAUCAAUUUCUUUUACGCCAGUUGAUAAUAUCACUACUAAUAAGUCUCCAAAACCAAAAGGUAGUUUUUUCAAAAAAUUAUUUAAUAGACAAAGAAGUUCUUCAUCUGCUUCUUUAAACUCAGAGAAAGUUGAAGAACAAUUUAAAAAGAAAGAGAGAAGAGAAUCAACUUCAUCAAUUGGAACAAAACCAGCUUUAAAGGAGCUAGAAACAAUUAGACCCACAGACAAUAACAAUAUUAACACAAGUACAUACAAUGACUAUAAUCGUAGUAGCACAGCUGACUCUCAUUUAAAUGGUAAAAAUAAAAAUAAAAAUAAUGUUAUAAAUGAAGUAGAUUUAAGGACUGACAAUAUAAAGUUAAGGGAAUUUUUGGAUUAUUACAAAAAAAAUGGUUAUAAUGUAUCGUCAUUUAAGAAUAAAAACGGUAAGAGUAUAAAAAAUAUUAGAAAAAAACAACCAUGUUUUGUUAUCGGAGACCCAACAGAAAACAGACCAAGCAGUAAACGAAAUCAAACUACUAAACUGGAAAAAGAAAGAGUUGAUUCUAGAGGUAGAUCAUUACCUGAUUUACCAGAAAAAUCCAAAUAUAAAUCAUGUCUAAAAAAUCUCACUAUCGCCGACUCAUCAAGAGGUGCUGAAUCACCCAUUUGCUACUCAAGUGAGAGCGAGAGUGAUGAUGAAAGUUCUGCAUCACCAGGUCGAUUUGGUAAUUUUCUUAAAAAAGUCACUUCCCAUGGAACCGGUUCUCGUAAUUCAAGAAAUAAUAGUAUAGAAUAUAAAUCUAUUGAUCAUAAUAUUUCUCCUGAUAAUUUAAUGAGCUCUAACUCUAGUAUUGAUAGUAAAAUGGAUUUUGAUAAAUUCAACGUUCCGGGCUUAGAAGAUAUAAAACAGUUCAAGCAUGUAGCAUUUUCACCAUGUACAUAUUUUAACGAUCCACCUCAACAAAUUUGUAGUAAAAGUCCAAGAAAAGGCGAAGUAGAAGUCAAGGAAGAUGGAACUAUUAUUAUACACAGACUAUCAAAAGAGGAAAGAUUAAAGACUAUGGAAAAUUCAUCAUUAGGGGUAGUGGUGGGAGGUACUGGCUAUCUGAAAUUAUUAGAAAGAAAUAGAAAUGAAUAUCCAACUCCAUCUGAUGAAGAAACAAAUUUUGAACUUUCACAAACAGAUGAGAGCAUUGAAUCAAGUAGAAACGUUCCUGAGAAACUAGCAUCUGUUGGAGAUAAUGAACAAGAUAUUGCAGUCAGCAAAAGUGCUUCAUUCUUGAAAAUCGAUAAACCAAUGAUAUCAAGACGUUCUAGUGCAUCUAUCAGAAGUCAAGAAAGUUCGUUUAUUGGCGACGUACUACCCCUAAAAGAUGUUCGUAUCCCACAUGAUAUAAUAUAUACCCGGUGUUGUCAUUUACGUGAGAUUCUUCCCAUUCCUGCUAUAAUGAAACAAUUAAAGAAAGGGUCAACAGAUCCAAUACCUUUAUUACAACUGAGAAACCCACGCCCUUCGUUAGUAGAAGUUUGGUGUUUUAGUGAUUUUAUUAGCUCUGUCCCAGUGUUGAGUGUCUCUUUGGAUGGUACCUCUCUAUCUUCUGAAGUGUUUAAAAUCAUACUGAGUUCUUUGAUAAGAAAAAAGCACUUUGAAAAAUUAUCACUAAGAAAUACAUCGAUAGAUGAUGAUGGUUGGAAGUUUUUGAGUUACUUUAUCUCCAAAUCCACUUCUUUACUCUGCAUAGAUUUAACAAUGGUUCCUAGCAUUAAAACUAACGUCCAAAAACCAUCAAAAUCUUCCUUAAAAAGCACUUUAAAAAGAAUGGAGUGUAAUUUAGAUAAUAGAUCUGAUAGAAAUUGGGAUUUAUUUUCAGCCUCAGUGGCAGCACAUGGCGGUUUGGAAGAGAUAAUUGUGUCAGGUGCGAAUAUGUCUCUCUCACAGUUUCAAAAUUUUCUAAGUGUAGCAUGCCAAAAAACUGAAAGAUUAGGUUUAGCAUAUAAUAACUUAACGGUAGAGCAAAUGGAUUAUUUAGGUACAUGGGUCAUUAAUUCAAAAAUUACAGGAUUAGAUCUGGGGUUUAAUGAUUUACAUAAUAAACUAUCGGGGUUUACAGAAGGUGUUUCCAAUGUUAUUAAAAGAAAAGGUGAAAAAGCACAAUUUAAAUAUUUUUCUUUAAAUUCCACUAACUUACAGGUGGAAGAGAAUGCAAGCAGUACAACAAAUGAACCUUUAUAUCUAAUAAGUACUCUUUGUUAUUGUCAAAAUUUAAGAUUUUUAGAUUUAUCUAAUAAUCCUAAAAUGUUCCCAUAUUGUAGAAGAACUUUAUUAAAUUGUUUACCUGUGUUCGUUAACUUGGUUAGAUUACAUCUGGACUUUGAAAAGUUGGAUUCUACAACAGUCAUUAUGUUAGCUGAAAUGUUCCCGCUAUGUUCAAAAUUAAAUCAUUUAUCAAUGUUAGGCACAUCUUUCGGAGUUGCAGCAGUAAAAGCUUUAACUGAUGCUGUUGAAAAAAGUAAUUCUUUAAUCACACUUGAUAUAGAUUAUAGUCAAUUUUCUGAAAAAGCAAAAGAAAAGCUAUCCUUAUUCACAAUGAGAAAUUUACAGAAUGAAGCAUCCAGAAUUCAACUAAUGAAUACAAAUAAAUCUCCAAACUCAGACAGAUUAGACAGCUUGUCAAACCUACAAAGCGAAUUAUCAAAUAUUCUUAAUGCUAAUUCAGAUGAUAGACAAUUAUACAAUGCAAUGGUAAUUAAAUUUAUUCUAAGGUUAAUGCACGCUAGAGCUAAAAUUACAAAAGUUGUGCAUGACCUAUUUGAAUUAAGAUUGAAUGGCCAAUUGAAUAGGGAAGGUAGAGAUGCGUUAAUAAGAUUGUGUUUCAUAGAUUCAUGUUUUGAGAAAGGAAUCAGACUUUUAAAAGAGAGAAAUCCUGAUGUGAAUAUUGAUUCCUCCAAAGCAGAAGAAUCAAACACUGAAAUCGCUUUGAAUUUAACUUGCCCAGUGACUGAAGCUAAUACCUCAAGUAAAGUUAACCAAAAACAGUCAGGUGACUUGCAAACUUCGAGCAAUAAUAGUUCCGUUUUGAGACUAUCUGAUGAACUUAAUAAAACUGGUCAUUCCAUGUUAUUACCAUUUGGUAAAGCUGAGCUGGUGGGAUACUUCCCGCACGCUCAUGAUACCAUUGAUCUAACUACGGAUGGAGAAAUAAAGUCAUUAGAAUUAGCAAGACAAGAAAGUGAAGAAGGCAGACUUUUUAAACAGUCAUCACAUAUAAUGCGGGAAGUUGAAGAUUCGAUUGCCAAUGAAAAAAUUGACAAAAAUGCUCUCAUUGGUGCCGCAGAAUCCUUAGAUAGUGACCAAAUAAAGGGAUUUUUAUUAAAAAACGACAUAUCAGCUGCUGUCAGUGUCAUUGACGAAUUACAUAAGAGAGGGUAUCAUUUACACCAUAUUUUCAAGAAGAAGGAAGCAAUAAAUGAUGACAACUACAAAUCCGAUUGUGUUUUCAAUGAAACUAACGACGAACAUCCGACAAAUAAUAAUAAUAAUGUCGAGGAUUCUGAUCAAUUUAAUAUAAUCACACCGUGUGAUAGCGAAGUUGAGGUAAGGGAUCUUAAUUUUUCAUCGAACAAUGCAGAAGAGGAGGAGACUAUUGAUGCAGAAUAUGAUAAAGUAUUAGACAAUUUACAAAAAGCCAGAAUUUUCGCUAAUUCGGAGACAAACAGAUAA